AAUACCCUUCUUGUUUUUCCAAACAGAGAAAACGUUUAUAAUUUGAGCGUAUUGAGCAAAACCCUAACGAAUGAAUGAAAGAAGAACGAUUUUGUGAAUUCCGACGGCGAAAACGCAAACGACAGAGGAAAGCAAAGGGUAAAUCUUUUUUCAAACGACCGAGGGAACCAAAGAUUAAAUCUUUUUUCGAAGAACAGAGAAAACGGAUCGGCAGAAGGAGAUUUGAAGACCAGAGGGUGGAAGAGGUGAAUGAAUGUCAACCCUUUUCAGAAAUACCGUCUGCCUUGUUAUGUGAAAUUCUGGGUAGGCUUCCGAUUAAGGCAUGUUUAACUUGUAAGCUUGUUUGCAAAGAAUGGUACCAUGUCGUAAUUGGUCCAGAAUUCUCUUCUUUUCGCCGCCAUCGUACAUCCUCUCGGUUUUCCAUCUUGCUCUAUGAUAGCUCUGGUGCUGAUGUGGGGCAUAAUUUCAAUUUGAUUGAGCUUGAAAAGAGGUUUGAUUUCAAUGUUAAGGGUAAACGUUUUGUGGGUGUUGCUGAUUUCUUUAGGUUUAAGCAAAAAAUUGAUCGCUCUAGUAAGAUAUGGCAUCUGAAGUCUCAUUGCAAUGGGGUUGUUUGUUUCGCAAGAGGAAAGGUAGACUUUUUCGUAUGCCAUUUGCUCGCGGGCCAGUGUGUGAAGUUACAGAAUUUGGAUCAAGUGAGGAAUCUCUCUCUUUAUAUCCCUCGAUGUCAACUAGGGUGUUGCCCGGUGUCUGGACAAUUCAAGGUUCUCCUUCUGUUUUGGGACGCAAAGAUGAAGAUUCAACUAGCAAAAAUACAGACUUUGGGUGACGGUGAAUGGAGGAGCGUGGGCUACGCACCCUUAAAGAUUAUGAUGGAUGGAUGUCUUCUGAACGGGUCUAGUCAUUGGCCCGAUCACAGCUAUAUAUGGUCGUUUGAUUUUGGUAAGGAAGAGUUUUCACAAAUCUCAUUACCCAAUGAUGUCAAUAAUGGAUCCCAUAAAAAGGCGAAUAGAAACUUAAGCGCUUUCAACUCAUGCCUAUGCUUGAGCUGUUCCCCAAGAGAUUCUAGUAGAGGCGAGAUCGACAUAUGGGUAAUGCAGGAAUAUGGUGUGAAAGAAUCUUGGGUGAAGCAAUUUGUCAUAGUUGGUGGUUCAUGGAGUGUGCCUGUAAUGCAGUUGGAUAAAGGAAUGAUACUCGUAAGGACGGGAGAUAACUUAUACGUAUAUGAUCCACAAACCAAGCUUUCCGAUGCAGUAGAGUUCCAGCAGAAUGGGGCUCUUAGCUGUGGAGACAAUGUGGUGUUGUCUGUGGGAUUUGAUGUAAGCUUCUCGAGGUUUUAAAAACUCACCUAUACACUAAUCUUACUUUUUGCCUCGGUCGUUAUUUAUUGAUUCGCUUGAUUAUUCGAGAGCUUAUUUGAGCUAACUUAAAUAACGAUAUAAACUGCUUACUGUUUGUUUCAGCCUCUUAAUGGUUCAGAUGUCUGAAUGGUUAAGAGAUUUGCCUCUGAAUGGUUAAGUAUUAUACAGAGUCUGAAUGGUUAAGACCUCUUAUCUGAAUUGAUCAGACAUUUGCCUCUGAAUAGUUAAGCAAUAUACUAGCUCUUAAUGGUUCAGACCUCUUACUGGUUCAGCACUUAAUGGUUCAAACCUCUUACUGGUUCAGCACUUACCGAUUCAGAAGUUGCCAAACAGCCCCUAAGACCUCUUNCUGUUUGUUUCAGCCUCUUAAUGGUUCAGAUGUCUGAAUGGUUAAGAGAUUUGCCUCUGAAUGGUUAAGUAUUAUACAGAGUCUGAAUGGUUAAGACCUCUUAUCUGAAUUGAUCAGACAUUUGCCUCUGAAUAGUUAAGCAAUAUACUAGCUCUUAAUGGUUCAGACCUCUUACUGGUUCAGCACUUAAUGGUUCAAACCUCUUACUGGUUCAGCACUUACCGAUU